AUGGAAGGUCAAGAUCAGAUGGAGCUGAAGUUCAGUGGGAGCAGCGAGGUUGGGGGACUGGAGCUGUGUAUUGUGUGCGGAGACAGGGCCUCCGGAAGACACUAUGGAGCCAUCAGCUGUGAAGGCUGCAAAGGUUUCUUCAAGCGCUCAAUACGCAAGAAGCUUGGCUACCAGUGCCGCGGCAGCAUGAACUGUGAAGUCACCAAACACCAUCGCAACCGCUGCCAGUACUGUCGUCUGCAAAAAUGUCUCGCUUGUGGCAUGAGAAGCGACUCGGUCCAGCACGAACGCAAGCCGAUCGUGGACAAGUCCAAGGGCGAACAGAGGGAGGCUAUCCACGACAGACAGGCUGCUUACUCCAAGUUCCUGGGUCUAGCUGGCCAGGGACAAGCCGGACAGAUAAACCCUAAGGAGGAGCCUACCGAUGCGUUCGGCGCGGUGUCCCCGGCGCCCGCCAUCAACUUUGCCCUCGCUGCCGCCGUAGCAUUCAACAAGGGUAACCCAGUGUCGCCGUACCUGACUCCGGGCAACGCUGGUGACAUCGAGGGAGCUCGCAGACAACAGCUCAUGUUGCAAACACAGCUCGCCAAGAAUCUCUUCAAGAUGGGACAGUUUGGUGCCAUCAACGAGUACCUGCAGUCCGCGUACGGCGCGAGUCCGGCCGAGGUGCCCCUCGCGGCACUACACGCCGCGGACACACAACCCAAUGACGUGGAGUCAGGGCAAGGCAUCCUGAGCAGCCCGGAGUCGGUGCAGCUGUGCGUGUCGCUGCCGGGCCCCGCGCCGCCGCACCUGCGCCUGCACGCCGCGCAUGCACUGCCGUUCGAAGUCCAGGUGACGCUCCUAAAGAAGUGUUGGCCGGAGCUGUUCGUGCUGUGCCUGUCGAUGUUCUCUGUGCAGCUGUCGCUGGGCGCGCUGCUGCCGCAGCUGGUGGCCCACCUGCAGGCCGUGCUGCGCGACCGGGCCUCCAGCGACACCAUCGACCGCUCGCAUGACAUGGCCGUGCCCGAGAUAUCAGCGAGCGACUACUCGGACGAGCGCAUCGCGGAGGUGACGAGCAGUCUGUCGCGGCUGCAGCAGUUCAUAUCCCACAUGGAACAACUUCGGCUGCAACAGAGGGAACACGCGCAUCUACGCGCUCUCUGUCUGUUCUCACCCGAUGGUGUACCAGACUUUUUAACCCGUAAGCUGCAAGACUACCAAAUCAAAGUGCUCCGUUCCCUCCGAGCCACCUGUCAGGAUGAGGACCGGUUAGCCACCCUGCUCCUCCAGCUUCCAGUCCUAAGGACCUUCUCCGGACCUUUCCUGGAGGAUGUAUUCUUCGUAGGCUUUGUGGGAGACGUCAGCAUCGAUGAUGUUAUACCUUAUUUACUGAAUGGUGAACGCUAA